CUCUCUAAGUCCAGGCUCCAACAUCACACAUGCACACCCGCAUUGUCUUCCCCUCCAACUUUCCCUUCCCUCCUCUCUUUUCUUUCAAAAACCCCACUACCUUCUCUUCUCUAUAUAAGGAACACCCAAAGCUGUUCUUCCUCUCCUGAGAGGCAAAGGGUGUCUUAAUUUCAAGGAAAACUCUGAUACAUAUCUAUAUGGAGAAGUGUAGAUCAUAUCCAGAGUACUCUUCUUCUUACAGUGGAGUAGGGUUUGGGUUCGAGGAUCGAUCAAAGUCCUACCACUUCAAUGGUCCUAAAGGGAAGGAUCAUGGGUUCACCACAUCGACCGACCCAGAACUGAAGAGGAAGAAGCGUGUCGCCUCUUACAAUGUCCUCACCAUGGAAGGUAAGCUCAAGUCUUCUGUGCGUAACAGCUUCAAGUGGAUCAAAACCAAGUUCACUGAUAUCCGUUAUGGUGUCUGAAGCUGCAUGCACUCCACUACCAUCAUCUGCAUAUGGGUUCAUGUCAUGAUCCAUUCAAACCGAGUUGUAUAUAAUUUGGAGAUUUGUGGUACCUGUGUGUUUGUGAAUUGAGAUUUUCCAAACUAAGAACUUGAAGAAGAAAGUGGAUUUUUCAUA